GUGUUUUAAGAUUCUUGGAUUUAUUUGUUUUGUGUCGAGACAGGUUUUGAAUUGUGAUUAUAGUGGUUUUGCGUUCUUUGAGACCAGAUAGCUCGUUGUUUAGCGCGUCGGUUCGAAAGUAGUGUUCUUUGUCAAAAUCAGCCUUUGAGAUAGAGAAGGGGGUGAAAGCGAACUAUUUCCUGAUCCUGUUGUUGGUGUGACAUGAAUAUGAAUUAUAGCCUACUUCAAAAGAAGAUGAAUCAAAAAGCUAAUGCUGCUAAGAAGGCUAAAAAAGCUGAAGAAGAGAAGAUAGUGAAAGAUGAUGCUGAUUAUAAUAUACCUGAUAGAUCUCAUGGCGAUCUCUAUUGUCCCAUCUGUGAUUCACACAUGAACUCGGAGGCCAUGUGGCAAGCCCACAUUAUUGGAAAAAAGCAUAUUAAGAAUAUUAAUAAAGAGGGGGGUCCUGAAAAGAAGUAUGAAAUACUUGAGAAACCGUGCAGUGUACAAAAAGAUCUGGAUGAAAUUGUAAAUGAGCCUGUUGUGGGGUUGAAGCAUAUUGAUGAAAUCUAUAGAAAAAAUGCCACAGCCCCAAUUUACAUGUGCUACCUUUGCCAUUCUAAUGUUUCGAUGGGAAGUCUACUGAUCGAACACAUCUUGUCUUACAAACAUAGAUUGGCUUAUGUAAAAGAAAAUGACCCCCAAAGAUACCACAACAUUGAUGGUGGCAACUUUUCUAAAUCUACCUUGGAAAGUUUAGUCAUUGAAUAUGCUGGAGAUCUCGAACAGAGAUUUGGCCGUGGUAGCGUAACUGUAAAGAAAGAAAUUGAGAAACAGGAAGUUUUGCAAACAUGGUCAGCGAAAAGGAGUCCACGACCACCACCGCCGCCUUUGACUCCUCCAAUAGAAAGUUACCCUCAUGAUGUUCAAAUAAGGUCAUAUGGAGAGUUCUCGUCAAGACUGGAGAUGAAUAAUGCGUCAAAUUACGGAUGUUCUGCUUCGGACCAGCACUACCGCGGGUACCCCCCUUCACCACCCCGGAGACGCCGUACACCCACCCCACCAAGGCGAUACAGUGACCGUACCCACUCGCCACUAAGACGAUAUCGCGAAACCUGUACCUCUCGUUCACCUGUUAGACGACGCCGUGAGCGUACCCUCUCACCUAGAAGAAACCGGGAACGUUCCCCCUCACCAACUAGAAGAAACCGGGACCGUUCUCCUGCAACAUCUCGAAGACGCCAAGAGCCUUCUCCUGCCAAGAAGUUGAGAAACCGAGAGAGGAAAUCAAAGCCCUCUGAAAGUUCUCGGAGGAAGCAUCAGAAUAGAUCUAGCAGCUCCUCUUCCAGUUCUAGUUCCAGUUCUUCAUUACGUGAACACCAGCAUGCUCGUCGGCCAGUAGAAGAACUUCAAAAUCUUAGACAGUCCGAGAUAGAACAACAUUUUGCUCAUCGUCCCGUAGAAGACCCCCAAAGUCAUAGACAGUCCGAGAUGGAACAACAUUUUGCUCGUCGUUUGAUGGAAGAAAGCUCCCAAAUUCAGAGCACCCCACAGCCUGAGAUUAGGCACCCUAGCUUUAAUGUACUACAUCGUAGUCCUGUGCAGCAGUCAUUAGCAGCUGCCAGUUCAAGUAAUUCAAAAAAUUUCUUGUCAGCUGGUGAUAUACAAACAAGCUCUGUUGGACAAGUCUUCUUUAACAAUAACAAUCAUUUGAACAGUCAAGGAGGAAUGAAUGCCUCUGCAUCUAAUGGCACUCUAUAUGAGAAUCAAUACGCUCCUCGACAUAUGAUUCUUGAUAAUAUGAUUCUAAGAAGUACUCAAAGAAGCAUUCCUGGUUUAGACAACCAGUAUGACGAAAUUAGAAGAAUGAUGAUGUCUUUGCCAUAUGAUGAUUUUCUCAAUAUUUUUUAUGAAAAACUGGGUCAGCUGCCUUAUACUUCAGAAAGUAAUCGUCUGUUGGAACAGCUGCAUUUUAAAAUUGGCUAUGUUUUGGACGGCAGAAAAAACUUAAUUCAGCAGAAUGUAUAUGCAGCUGCUUCAAUGUCAUCAAAUACUACUGCAGAUGAUCCAAGGGGUGCAGAAUCAUCUUUGAGGAACAUAAUGAUGAGAUCAUCUCAACCUCUGGAUGAAUUUCUCGCAAUGGCCCGAAGAAAAAUGGAAAACUAAAUGAUUUAUUUAAGAUCAAAUAUUUUGAGCAAGAGAGAAAAGAAUUUAAAAGUUUUAAUUUUUGUUUAGAAUUGAUUUUGUUUCAAGCAAGGUGUACUGACUUCAUUUUUAUAUCUUUGUUCAGGAUCGAUUCCUUCUCAGUUGCUGUAUUCAUUUUUUAAUCAUUUUCAUAGAAGAAUUUAAAAUAAAAAGUUUUGAUAA